CAUCAAGUUAUUUUAGUAGUUUGUUUUGAAGAAGCGUCAACUUCUAGCGAGGCACCAAAAACCUCAAAGGAAAUCAUCGGAUCUCCUACCAAAUAGUAGUUUAAUUUUAUUAAAUUUCUCGAAAUGAAAAAGCAAAAAUAUUAUGAUUCUUGUUGUGAAAAAGAAGAAUAAUAAUUAAUGACCUUAACCUAUUAUCAAAGAUUUUGAAAGAUACCUAACCUAGCAAUUUUCGAAGUCACGUUGUAAAAGUUAUAUGCAAAGAUUUUAACUGUAAUCAGUGACUGUCUCUGCUAUAAUCUUUGGUUGUAUGGUUUCUUUUCAACUUUAAUUCAGUAAAUUUUAAUCAAAAUCAUGAAUGAACAUAGUCAUAGGCCCGGGGCCUUAAAACAAAGUAAUAAAGCUCAUAAAUCCAACAAAUCCAACGCUUCACGAUCCUUAGGUAAAAAAGCCAAAUCUCUAGUAUCAUCAAAAGUGAAAAGAGAAUUGGGCAAAAUUCAACGUCGUAAUCAGGCUUCUCAGAUCAGAAGAAAUAAACGAGAGGAAGUUUUAGAUAAAAAACGAAAGAUUGGAGGAUUGGAAACCAAUCCCUUCUUAGUUUAUAUCUUACCGUUAAAUCGAGAUAUGGAUCCUGGGACAGUAAUGAAUUUGUUGAUGCAAUGCGAUCCUGAUGCCAUUAUUAAUAGAAGUCCACAAGGUGUAAUCCACAUGUAUAUCCCGAGAUUUAAACAAAGAUAUUCGUUUAUUGUUCCGUCAGUAACAGAUGGUCAUGAAUGGGGAAUAUUAGAUGGUCUGAAAGUUUGUGACACUGUUAUAUUGUUAGCAUCAGCAGCCACAAAUGAAGUAGUUGAUGAUUGGGGUAGAACUAUUUUAACAGCUGCACUUGCUCAGGGUUUAGCCUCUCCAAUCAUAGCCCUUACAGAUAUGGAAAGUAUAACUCCUAAACAUAGGCAAAGUAGUAAGAAAAAAAUAGAGACAAGCCUUUUAAGGUGGUUUUCUAAUGAAAAGUUAUUUAAUCUUGAGAAAGAGUUUGAAGCAGUUAAUUUAUUAAGAAAAAUAGGUCAACAAAAAAGAAGAUCCAUACAUUAUAGAGACAGAAGACCCUAUUUGUAUGCAGAAGAUGUAGAAUUUGUUGCAAAUAAGGAAGGUGCAUUGGGUACAUUGAAAGUGACUGGUUUUUUGAGAGGAACUUCUCUAUCUGUGAAUAGUCUUGUGCAUCUCCCUGGUUUAGGUGAUUUUCAAAUGCUUGAAAUUGACAGUGUACCUGAUCCAUACAAAGUUUUCCGCUGUGAAGAAAAAAGAGUUCUCACUGUUCUGGAGAGGUGCGAUCCUUCAAAACAAGAAUCUCUAGAGUCUGAAAUUAUACCUGAACCUAUGGAUGCAGAGCAGACUUGGCCUACAGAAGAAGAAAUUAGGAUGGCAGAAGAAGAACAAAAAAUCAACAAGGAGAAAAAACUCAAUGGUCCUAGAGGCUGGUCAGAUUAUCAGCGAGCAUGGAUAUGCGGCAACGGUACAGAUCUUGAGUCUUCAGAUUCUGAAGGGGAAUCAGACGGUGCACAAGAUGAUAUGGAUAUUUAUCCUUAUGAAAAUGCAGAAGAAUCUGAAAAUGGGGAAGAAUAUGAAAUAAUGACGCAAUCUGAACUACCUGUAAAUACUGAAAAAUAUGAUCAAGAAAUGGAUAUGGAAGCUGAGAAGAAGGCUUUGGAAAUGUUGAAACUUGCUAAGGAUGAUGCAUUAUUUCCAGAUGAAAUAGAUACUCCUAUGGACCAGGCAGCCAGAGACAGAUUCCAAAAGUAUAGAGGCUUGGAAAGCUUUAGAACUUCCCCUUGGGAUCCCAAUGAAAAUUUACCAAGUGAUUAUGAAAGGAUUUUUUCAGUUCAAAAUUUCCAAAGAUUUAAGAAACAAAUCUUGAAGGAAGCGGAAGAAAUAGAAGGUGUUCUACCUGGGUGGUAUAUAACUGUUCACAUAAAGGAUGUAUCUGAACUUACUUGGAAUGCUUUCAAGGAAACCGGAUUCCCUUUGAUAUUAAUUGGGAUGUUUCCUCACGAACAUAAAAUGACUGUUCUCAACACAGUAUUGAAGAGAACAAAUGAAUAUGCAUUACCAAUUAAGUCAAAAUCCAAAUUAAUCUUCCAGUGUGGUUAUAGGAGGUUCACAGUGUGUCCCAUUUUCAAUGAACAUGUAGAGCAAACAAAUAAAAAGUUCAAUAGAUUCUUCCAGCCUGACUCAGUAGCAGUAGCAACAUUUUAUGCACCUCUUCAGUUCACACCUGCCCCAGUUCUUUGUUAUAAAGAAAUUAAUAACAAACCUGUUCUGGUUGCCACAGGAAGUUUAUUGUCAUGUAAUCCCAAUAGGAUAAUUUUGAAGAGGGUAGCACUAUCAGGUAGUCCAUUGAAAAUACACAAAAGAUCAGCUGUUGUGAGAUUCAUGUUCUUCAACAGGGAAGACAUAAUAUACUUCAAAAAGGUUAAACUAAGAACUAAAUUGGGAAAACAUGGUCACAUCAAAGAACCUUUAGGUACCCAUGGUCAUAUGAAAUGCAUAUUCAAUGGACAGCUCAAUUCACAAGACGUAGUGUUUAUGUAUCUGUACAAGAGGGUUUAUCCAAAGUGGAAUUAUGAAGAUCUUAUUGUCAAUUGUUUGGAUUCCUCUAGCAUGGAGGUUUAGAUAAGGAAUUAUUAUAUUUUGUAAGAUAUUGUUAAUAAAACCUGUAAAUAUAA